GCUCAGUUCAUUCUAUUAAAAUUUUUAAAAGAACGCUAUAAGCUUGUGUAAGAACUAGGACAGAAAGCUUUCAGACCUAAAUCCAAAAGAGGCGGCCGCCGCUAAACCAGAUCCAAAUCCACCAUGAAUGUUCCACAAAUCCAACAAGAAAUACAAACAGAGAAUGACAGUGACGAAGAAAUUAACCCUUGUACUAUGCUACUAAUUGAACAACAUCAAGAAAACAAGGAGCAAGACACAGAAGCAGCAGCAGCAAAAGAUGAAGUACAUGUAAUAACACACCACCUCAAUUCUAUAAAAUCGAACGUGGUGAUUAGGCAGCUUCCUUCCCAAGGCAUCUCCUUCAAGCUCUGGCCAGCCGCCUCCACUCUCGUUUCUCUACUCGAUAAUCAUCGCAACGCCGCAUUCUCAGCUCUAUUCGACCACAAGCCACUCCGCAUUUUGGAGCUAGGUUCUGGCACUGGUCUUGUCGGAAUUGCAGCCGCCGCUAUUCUCGGCGCUCAUGUCACUGUCACGGAUCUUUCUCGUGCAAGCCCUAAUCUCCAAUUCAACGUGGAAGCGAAUUUGAAGACGAUUGGGGUGAAUGGAGGACACGUGGAGGUUGCUGCGAUGGCGUGGGGCAAUGAUGAGGAGAUGGAAGCGGUUAAGAACAAGGGAGAGUAUGAUGUCAUCAUGGGGUCUGAUUUGGUGUAUCAUGAUCACCUCUACGAGCCGCUGCUGCGCGCAUUGAGAUUCUUUAUGUUGGGUGAUGAGGUGGACAAGGAGAGAGUGUUUGUGAUGGCGCAUUCCAAGAGGUGGAAGAAAGAGAGUGUGUUUUUCAAGAAAGCUUAUAAGGAGUUUGAUGUUAAGGUUUUGCAUAGAGAUGAUCCGUGUGACGGAGAUAGAAUUGGGAUUCUUGUAUGCACUUUUGUUGCGAAGAACAAAAACAAAAAGAACAUACAAGUGUUAGGAUGCGAAUGAACAAUGCAUAUUAUGAAAUGAGUACCAAGUAUCCUAACAAAAUCAUUUGAAUUGAUAUUAAGCAGUCAAAACAGAGUCUAAGGUACAUGUGAAACAGAGAUGAGUCUACAUCAUUCGGUGCUUAUUGAUGCAGGUGAGGCUUCAAGUAGUUAGUCUAAAGUGAUUAACCAAAUUCUAUGAAUCUCCCAAAGAACAGUUUAGCACUGAAACAGUCUAACUACUACACUGAAUUACGAUACUGCGUAACUUCUUGCUGAAAUUUCGGUGAGUAUCCAAUUUUGUAGCAUGAUUUUCUAAAUGCACAAUUUACUCCUGCCAAAAAUUAUUAACCUUCUUA